CAGGAAGUUGCUUUUGCAACUCUUCUGGUCGGGGAAGCGGCCGGGCCGGGCGAUGGCGUCGCUGGGCCUGAGCGAGCGUGAGCAAGCCGGGUGCCGGCAGCUCCUGGAGCUUCUGGAAACCGAGGAGCUGAUGGCGCUGACGGACACCGUCACGAACCGCUUGGUGCACCCGGAGAGCCGCCAAGAAGCCAUUCAUGCCAUCUUGGUUUACAGCCAAAGUGUAGAAGAACUUUUGAAACGCAGAAAAGUCUAUCGAGAAACAAUUUUUAAGUAUUUGGCAGCACAAGGAAUUCCAGUGCCUCCUUCCUCUGAGAAAUGCCUACUCAUUGAUCGUGUAAAGCGGUACUGGAGAACACAGCUCACAACACGUGCGUCAGAGUCAGGGGAGAGAAAACCACGCACAGAGAGUCAGAGAGAGAGGCAGAAGGCACCACGAGAUGACAUUCGUGAUCUAGGAAAAGAAUUCUGUCACUGGUUCUUUGAACUCCUGAAUUCUCAACAUCCCUUGGGAGUAAAAUCUGAUGGAAGAUGGGGACCACAGCAUUUUUGGGAGGAUGCCAGAAUGAAGUUCUGUUACAACACAUUAGAAAACAACAUGGAAGAAUAUGUUGGUGCAGAAAUGGUGAGCCUUCGUCUGCUUUCCUUGGUUAAAGAAGAAUAUCUUCUAUUCAACCCUAAUCUGCAUGCCAAUGGACUGAAAUGUGCCAUGUCUCACCAUGGGUUAGUACUGGUAGCAGUGGCUGGCACGGUACAUAGAGACAACACUUGUUUGGGCAUCUUUGAACAAAUUUUUGGACUCGUUAGCUGUCCCGUUAAGGAGAACACCUGGAAAGUGAAAGUUUUGAGUCUUAAAAUAGUUGGACAGAAUGCUCUGGAGCCUGGGAUGCAAAUUGAAAAACCCUCCAUAAAAUACGAGUCAAUCCAACUACAAGAGUUGUAUGACGGGAAAGAACUGACUGUGUUUGAACCUCAGAAAUUCUGAGCAAUUCUUUCACAACUGAGUGACUGGGUGAGAGGGGAACGUACAGCACUUGUAGUGCAUAGCUGGGUACUGAAAUGGUUGCAGCCGUGUGAUGCUGUCUCUUCUUUUGAGUCAGAUUUGCUGGACGACGAACUGAGAUACAGGGUCUGAACUAUUAAUGCAGGUGAUACUUGUGGGCACCUUUCCAGAGCUAACAAAUAUUUCCAAGUAUUGCUUUAGAUUUUGUACUGUAGUUAGGAAUGGAGUUAGUUUACAAACUACUUGUUUCUUCGUUACAAAACAUGGUUACAUUUAAAUGUGGGUUGGCAGCAGUAUACAACGAACUAUGUGACGUGGGGUUCACAAACUGCACGUUGCUCCUCUUCAGGUCACAGGUUCAGACUCUUAUCCGAGUUGUAACAGGAAGUCAUUGCUUCUGGCUUUUUUAAUAUUGGGUUCGGUGAGUGUCUAAAUGGACAUCUAAGUCCCAAGAAAAUCCUCUGCCGCUUUAGGAGUUUUUGGAGGGAACAAAGUGAUGUGAAUGCUGCUGGUUAUGUUCUAAAUGUGGUUCUGUUACUGAACAAUAGAAGUAGUUUAAUGGGACCAUGCAGGGAGUUUGGCAUUCUUGAAGUCUCUUUCUCUUGGGGUUAGUAGCUUCCUUUCCUUUUACCUUGUGGUUCCAACUUUGUAAUGAAUACAGGCAAACUCUGUUGUUCUGUCUGUGUCCCCGAGAAGACACACUUGAGAUGGCUGCCCAGGCAUCCAUUUCUAGCACUGACUCUCUUGGACCAGGUGGUUGAUUUCAUGACUUACAGCAAUACUGUGUGAACCAAUUGCUUUGAUAAUUAUUUUGUAUAUACUUACACCAGAGUUUUUAAUAUAACAGUUGUGACUUUUGUGUGUUUUCUCAAAAUAAGAAUUUUAUCUACUCUGAGCUGCUUUAUUACAUUGACUAGAAGUCAAUUUGUUAACACUGGGCAGUUACAAUGACAGGUGAUAUCAAAUAAAUCCAAUUACUGCUUAAUAGCUGAAAUUAUUGCUAUUGCAGAACUUGAUUUUUUAAAAACUUUUUUAAUUUAUAAAGGAUUAGAGGUGAAAUGAGAUGAAAACUUCUUUUUCCACAGCUUGCUUGGAUUGUUUCUGAGUUUUUUUUUAUUUUGUAGCUUCAGCAGUACAGGUUGUGAAAAUGGAAACAUUCCCCAUAACAUGGGAACAGUUCUUCUGAUUUUGAUAUGUUUGUCAAAGAUGACAAAUGGUAAAAUAAUGGGUUAGUGACGGGAUUCAAGAAGAUUCAGGUAUGCACAGAACUGAUUUUUAUGAACAGUCUAAAUCUCAAGUUCUCUUAAAAAAUUUCUGAAAUAAUUUCUUUUCUAAUCAAAAGAUCAAAUACUCUGUUGGAACAUUCUUUCCCAAUAAACAGUUGUGGCUUCUUCAGCUACUGAUGUAUAAUAAAUAAAAAUCAACCUGAAAUGAGAAUUUGGAAGAAGCAGUUUCCUCAUAUGCGUUGAGAAUGGCAUUCCUCUUCAGGUGAGGACAAAAGCCUACCCGAAGGCCUAAAUGGGUAUUCAGCGUUGGGUAUGACAGUCUGUAAUUCAACCAAGUAUUCUGUCCUUUGCAGAACUGUACUUGGUAACUGGCAGCCUACCUAUUACUUUAGUCAGAGUGUUAAACGCAAGCGUGACUAAGGGUGUGGUUUUCAUUACAGCUUUAAACUGAUGCGGUGCGGGCGGUCCCCAUCCUCAGCUCAGGUACCUCUCCUGGCCUCCUGCUUGUAUCGCCGUUGAGGCUUGGGCUAACUGUGACACAAGGGAGCGGGGACUGAUCCCGAUGGAAACUAACUCAUUGUCAGAAACCCUUCAGGCUGGUUAGCUCUGUAAGAAGGCUGGCCACAGAGGUGCUACUGUCAGCUUAAGGAACAGAGAUGAGAGAGAAUUUGCCUUUUUUUUUUUUUUUUUUUGGUGACAACCUGAAUUUCUGUGGGAUUAAGCAAGUGAUCAAAUAGCAGUCUUUGCUAAUUCUUACAUUCCCAGUGUUUAUGCUUGAUAACUCCAAAAUACUGAAUGCAAGAAGCGUUGUGGUAAAUCAGCUUUUUACUAAGGCUGGUACCUAAUGAAAUUGUUCUUAAUCCUCCAGUUCUCCUACACAAAGUGUGCAAUAAAAUGUUAAAUUUUCA